UUCUUGUACGAACCAUUUGCAUCAUGAUGAAAAAUAUGAUGAUCCCGGCCUUGUUUACCUUUUUAUUUCUCUUUACUUUUCCUUGUUUGAUCUCUUCUAAUCUUUUAGCACCUCGUAUUAGUAUCACUGGAUUUGAAAAGAUCUCAUUACCACCGAACACAACAACCACAGGAAGCUUCACAUUUGGCUUGUUCAAUGAAGGUCCGUACAUAGGUGUCGUUGAUGGCAGAAUCUUGAAGUAUAAUAAGCUUAGUAGAACUUUCGAAGAUUUUGCUUAUACUUCACCAGAUAGGACCAGCGCAUUCUGUGAUGGCACAACAGACUUUAAUAAGUUACAAACUUGUGGUUUUCCUGCUGGAUUAAGUCCAGACCCUGCUACUGGGAAGAUAUAUGCUACUGAUUCGGGGUUGGGACUUGAUAUAGUGGGACUUUCCGGGGGACUUGCGACUAAUUUAGUCCCUUCUAAAGACGGUGUACCUUACCACACACUUAUCGACGUUGAUGCCGCUAUAAACCGCAAAGCUUACUUUGUCGAUGCUAGCAGUAUAUAUAAUCUCAGGGAUAUCAACACCUCCGUAUUGACAUUAGAUUCGACGGGAAAGCUAUUGGAAUAUGAUAGCAAAACAAAAGUAGUGACUGAAUUGCUCACAGGAUUAGGAGGUCCGGCAGGGGUGGCCUCGGAUAGUAUUGCAUCAACUCUCUAUGUUGCGGAGUAUACGCUUCGUAGAAUCCGAAAGUAUUACAUAAACGGAUUUAAGGCUGGAACUUCUGAAAUUAUACUGCAAUUUGUAGGAAGUCCCUUCCAAAUUACAAGAAUUAAAGGGGAAGAUAACUUUUGGGUUCCAGUUAACACUUUGGUGACUCCAAAUUCUGCAAUUACUCAAGCUGUGAAGUUUAGUUCUGCAGGCCAAAUACUAGCAAUAGUGGACCUCACUCAAGAGUUCACUCAACUCGUAUCCACAGUUUACCAACAAGGUAAUGAACUAUACGUGACCGGGUUCAACACGGCAUAUCUUGGCAAGUACCAGUUGGUAUAUUCUUAGUAACAUUGAAUAUGUUUGAGAGACACGUAAUAUGUUAAAGGGACAACUAUAGCUAAAGUUUGUUCCGUAAAUAAGUGUCACAAAACCUGUUUAACUUUAUAAGCAAUUAUAGAAAGGGAAGAACACUCAUCCAAAUUAUAUCAAAUUUGAACAUUUCUUUCCAAUUUUAUUCUAUGUACCACAAAAUUUAUUUUGCUUCAAGUAUAUAUUUGGCAUUAAUCCCUAGCUGCUUGUCGAGCUUAUAUAUUCCACUAUAUUUAUUCAACUCUGCCGGCUAAAGUGAUCUUGAUCUUUGAUUACUUGACUAUGCCCCCUAAAUAUUUUUAUAGGACGAGAGAAUUGGC